GCAUCGCCAUCAAUUAAAUGUGAUGUUUGUUGGAGGACCAAAUGAAAGGAAGGAUUAUCAUAUUGAAGAAGGAGAAGAGCUUUUUUACCAGGUUAAAGGAGAUAUGUGUUUGAAGAUAAUUGAAAAUGGGAAACAAAAAGAUAUCAUCAUCCGAGAAGGAGAGAUGUUCCUCCUGCCUGCUAGGAUACCUCAUUCUCCUCAGAGAUACACAAACACCGUGGGUCUUGUGAUUGAGAGGGAAAGGUUAAAGACAGAAGUCGAUGGGCUCAGAUACUAUGUUGGAGAAUCAACUGAUGUCCUCUUUGAAAAAUGGUUUCACUGUGAAGAUCUUGGCACUCAACUUAUACCAAUAAUUCAAGAGUUUUUCAAUUCAAGACAAUAUCAAACUGGAAAACCAAAUCCAGAUGAACUCCUGAAAGAAACACCUUUCCCACUAAAUUCCACUUCUGUUAUGGAGCCAUUUUCCUUCCAAGGCUGGUUAAAUGAUCAUCGUGGUGAAAUAAAACAGAAGAAAUCCUUGAGUAUGUUUGGAGAUAACUUUGAAACAGAGGUUGUAGCUUAUGGACCAGGAACAACCGAGAAAAGUAAAAGGAAUUCAGAUAUCUGGAUAUGGCAGCUGGAGGGCACAUCGACUGUUACAGUGGAUGGUAAAACCCUGACUCUAUCUGCUGGUGACAGCCUGCUCGUCCGUGCCCAGUCUACGUACUGCUGGAAGAGAACAGAAGAAUGUGUUGCUCUCUGCAUUGCUCAGGAUCCAAAACGCAAGCAGCCUUACACCUAG